CCCAGCUGCUAGUUUCUGAUCCAACUUCAGUUGCAGUUGCAGUUUCAGGAUCGCCAGAUUCAGCAGCAGAACAGCAGAACUGCCAGAUCUCAUAGCAACAAGACUGAUCAGUUCAGGGCUACCUGCUAGUAGCUUACUUGGCAGCGCUGGUUUCCUCGUGUUCGCUGCAUACGAUUUAAGUUCUUGCUGCCGAUCCCGUGGUCGCAUUUGGUUCUGCUUCUGUUCACGCAGAGCUUAGCUGACAAGAAAAAAGCGGCGACAUGCCUCUUCGGUUGGAGAUCAAGCGCAAGCUUGCGCAACGUUCAGAUCGCGUCAAGUGUGUGGAUCUACAUCCGACAGAACCAUGGGUUCUUGCAACGCUAUAUACCGGGAGUGUGUACAUUUGGAAUUACACCACACAGACUCUGGUCAAGUCAUUUGAAGUGACUGAGCUGCCAGUGCGGUCGGCCAAGUUCAUUCCGCGGAAGCAGUGGAUUGUGACGGGCGCGGACGACAUGUUCAUCCGCGUGUACAACUACAACACCAUGGACAAGGUCAAGACGUUCGAGGCGCACACCGACUACAUCCGCUGCGUGGCCGCGCACCCGUCGCUGCCGCUCGUCAUCUCGUCGUCUGACGACAUGCUCAUCAAGCUGUGGGACUGGGAGAAGGGGUGGGCAUGCACGCAGAUCUUCGAAGGGCACUCGCACUACGUCAUGCAGGUGGUCUUCAAUCCCAAGGACACCAACACAUUCGCAAGUGCAUCUCUAGAUCGCACCAUCAAGAUCUGGAGCCUGGGAUCUCCGGAUCCUAACUUCACUCUGGAGGGACACCUGAAGGGCGUCAACUGCCUGGACUACUUCACUGGGGGCGACCGCCCCUACCUCAUUUCUGGCUCGGACGACCAGCUCGUUAAGGUGUGGGACUACCAGACCAAGAGCUGCGUGCAGACGCUGGAGGGCCACACCCACAACGUGUCUGCCGUCUGCUUCCACCCAGAGCUGCCCAUCAUUGUGACAGGGUCCGAGGAUGGCACUGUGCGCAUCUGGCACUCCACCACCUACAGACUGGAGAACACUCUCAACUACGGCCUGGAGCGUGUGUGGACCAUUGCUUACAUGAAGGGGUCCAACAGCAUUGCUAUUGGUUACGAUGAGGGAACGAUCAUGAUUAAGAUUGGCCGGGACGAGCCCGUAGCCAGCAUGGACAGCAGCGGCAAGAUCAUCUGGGCCAAGCACAACGAGAUCCAGACCGUCAAUGUCAAGUCCGUGCCUGCAGACUUCGAGGUGACGGAUGGCGAGCGGCUCCCUCUUGCAGUUAAGGAGCUUGGCAGCUGCGAUCUCUAUCCCCAGAGCCUUCAACACAACCCUAAUGGGCGGUUUGUGGUGGUGAACGGUGACGGGGAGUACAUCAUCUACACCGCCCUCGCCUGGCGCAACCGCUCUUUUGGGUCGGCGCUGGAGCUGGUGUGGUCGUCGGAGGGCGAGUAUGCUGUCAAGGAGACCACCUCCAAGAUCAAGAUCUUCAACAAGAAUUUUGUGGAGCGCAAGAGCAUCCGGCCAGCAUUCUCAGCAGAGGGUAUUCACGGGGGGUCUCUGCUGGGAGUGCGGUCGAACGAGUUUGUGUGCUUCUACGACUGGGCUGAGUGCCGCGUGGUUCGCCGCAUCGACGUGGCUGUGAAGAACAUCUAUUGGUCCGACAGUGGCGAUUUGCUGGCCAUUGCGAGUGAAGGCUCCUUCUACAUCCUCAGGUUCAAUAGGGACGCAGUAGCGGCCUAUCUUGAAAGCGAGGCAGCUGGCGACGACCAAGGGGCGGAGGACGCCUUUGAGCUGCUGCACGAGGUGUCGGAGCGCGUGCGCACGGGGUGCUGGGUGGGCGACUGCUUCAUUUACAACAACUCCGCAUGGCGCCUCAACUACUGCGUGGGAGGAGAGGUGACCACCAUGUACCAUCUUGAUCGCCCCAUGUACCUGCUCGGGUACCUUGCAGCUCAGAGCCGAGUCUACCUCAUCGACAAGGAAUUCAAUGUGGUGAGCUACACGCUGCUGCUGAGCCUCAUCGAGUACAAGACUCUCGUGCUGCGAGGAGACGUGGAGGGAGCAGAGGCUGUCCUGCCCUCCAUCCCCCACGACCAGCUCAACAACGUGGCCAAGUUCCUGGAGUCACGUGGCCUCAUGGAGGACGCCCUGCGAGUGGCCACAGACCCAGACUACAAGUUCGACCUUGCUGUGCAGCUGGGACACCUGGAGAUCGCCAAGGAGAUAGCCGAGACAGCAGAGAGUGAGAACAAGUGGAAGCAGCUGGGCGACCUCGCUCUCUCUGCAGGCAAUAUCGACUUGGCAGAGCGAUGCCUGAGUGCCGCGUCCGACAUGAGCGGGCUGCUCCUGCUGUACACAGCCCAGGGCAACAGGGACGGCAUCCGCCAGCUGGCAGAGACGGCCAGAGCGGGCGGCAAGUUCAACGUGGCGUUCCUCUGCCUCUUCCUGCUGCAGCAGACGGAGGAGUGCAUUGGACUGCUGUGCCAGAGCGGUCGAAUUCCCGAGGCAGCCUUCCUUGCUCGCACCUACGUGCCCUCGAAGGUGUCAGAGGUGGUUGACCUGUGGCGGGCAGAUCUCAAGAAGAUCAACGCCAAGGCAGCUGAGUCCCUGGCAGACCCGGCAGAGUACCCCAACCUCUUCCCCAACUGGGCCCUCGCUCUUCAAGCAGAGGAGCAGCUCCGGCCAGCCAGGGCGGUAGAGGAGCCUGCCUCACGGUACCUGGAGCUGAAGGACAGCAUCAACUCAGACCCAGUGGAUGAGCUGCGAGCAGCGGCAGAGGCAGAGGAGGCAGAGGAAGUGGAGGCAGAGGAAGUGGAGGCAGAGGAAGUGGAGGCAGAGGCAGAGGGAGAAGCGGAGGUGGAAGCGGCAGUUGAAGAGGCAGUGGAGGAAUCUGCUGAGGCAGCUGCUGAGGAGGAUUUCGGGGAUGCGGAGCCAACUGGAGAGGCAGGAGCUGGAGAUGCUGAGGAUAUUGAUGAUGAUUGGGGCGAGGAAGAUCCGUAGGUGAUGAUGUUAAUUUCAGAUGCUGUUGUACACCCAGCUAAGACUAGUGCUUACUUACCAGUACCAAUCAAACAAUACACACUUGGUAUCUUGUACUUUCAACCUCCCAAGCCACUGUAUGAACAGUUGAUAUACAGAAU